GGAAACUUCAGCGCAAGGUUGAAGAUGACGAAUGCCAAGAAGUCCAAGGUCAUCUUCGGGGACGCAUGGCCCAAUGAGGUUGUGGGCUACGUCGCCGAGUACCUCGACCACGGCGACCUCCAUGCGCUCGAGGCCACGUGCCGGUGCUUCCAGCACCACACGCGCGAUGGCGGCUACUGGCGGCAGUCGGUCGUGAAAGUCGUGGCCUUUCCGCACUCGCCCCGUACGACCUGCAACAUUCUCGACUGGAAGGCCUUUGCGUGCGCCAACCACUUGAUGGUCGGCAACAAGACCGACAGCAUCUCGCUCCUCCACGACGUUGCCGCGUACUCGUCGGUCGACCGCGAAAAAGAAGAGAGCGCGACCAACACGCUUCAGCCCUCGCUUUGCUUUCGCGAAAUGCUCAAGUACAAGGACCCGGGCGUCCGCGAGUUUGCCAACGACCGGACGCUCUUCGACUACACCAUUCAACGGCUGGUCUGCGGCUGCUCGAUGGGCCAGUGCUAUUGGAGCAGUGGGCCCAGCCGGGACCCCAACAGCGACGAGUUCAUCGACUACAUCGUCCGUGGCUCGUGCAUCCUAAAGGGUCUGCAGAUCGUGCUGUACCGCGCGUCGUGGCAGCUCGGGCAGCCCACGUACGGGCCGCGGCAGGUGUCGCUCUCGAUUCUGUCGGCGUCGGGCGACACUGUGUACACGUCGCCUCGCUACGACACGAAGAACGCCAUGGAGCUGCAGUGCUUUGAGCUGCCGCAAUGCGUCUUCCUGCAAGACCCCUGUUGGCACGUCCGGUUCUCGCUGCAUGGGAAGCACCAGUAUCAGUUCGAAGACGACGAGCAAGAAGACGAAGAUGAAAUCCCGGAGGACCGCCGGCAGUACUAUUGCUGCAUGAGCUUCAUCGGCCUCAACGGCGUUCUGCACUGAAAACGAAUAGUUCUCUCUUCGACGACCAGUAUAAAUCGAUGUAAAUGUCGUUGGCGGUGAUUUGACCCGCUCGUUGUCCUCUCG